GCGGCCUCUCCACAUGCGGCUGGCCAGCGAGAACCAACUUCACCCUUGCCUGUCUCUCGCCUUCGACGUCAUUGUUCGGGCCACUAUAUAAGCGGCCGGCGGUCACCGGUGAAGUCGCAGUCUUCUGACAAUCAGCAGCAGCAUCACCAUGAACGCCCUCACCGCCGUCCUCGUCCUCGCUGUCGCCUACACCGCCAACGCCGGUGGCUUCGGCCUCGGCUAUGGUGGCUAUGGCGGAUACGGCGGAUACGGCUAUGGCGGAUACGGACACGGAGGCUACGCCCCCGUGGCUGUUCACGCUGCCCCCGUCGCUGUCGCUGGCCAUGUCGCCAAGGCUGUCGUGCCCGCCCAGGUCACCAGCGCUGUCACCUACAGGAGCGACGUCUACGCCCCACGUCUCGCUAAGGUCGUCGCUGCUCCCGUCGCCGUCGCUGCUCCCGUCGCCGUCGCCGCCCCCGUCGCUGUCGGCUACGGACACGGCUAUGGUGGAUACGGUGGCUACGGACUCGGUCUCGGCUACGGUUACGGCCACGGCUACGGACUCGGUCUCGGAUACGGUUUCGCCGGCAAGCACUACGGUUAAGCGCCCUAGUCCCCAAUUUUAGACCUCUACAACAAGUUCAAGCGCAUGACUCUAGGCGACCUGUACUGCCCGCGGGUUCAAUAAACAUAUCGGGCGUAUCACCAUCACGCCCUUGGGCACACAGCAA